AUGGCAAAUUGUAAAAGAAAUUAUUUAGAUCCCGAGGAUGAGGAUGAUAAUAAAGGUGGGCGCUAUGAAAAAAUACCGCCUACCUCGUUGCCUCAAAAGAGCGAAAUUUUUAAAUCGCCGCCUGGGCAUGAAGAGUUGAUAUCGACGCGAUCGGUGCCGCUGAAUAUAUAUAACUUGCCGCCUGAAUUAUUGGAAAAGAUAAUCGAUUACACAAAUCUCCGACAACAUAAGAUUUUACGUACCACAUCGAAACGUAUGCGUGAAGUAAGCGACGAAUACAUUAUGCACAAUUUUCGUAAAGCAUUGAAAAGGUGUACAACUGUUUAUCGAUGCAGUUAUAAAAGCGCAGUAUUCAAGAGCAUUAAGCAGGCCACAGAAGUGUAUAUAAGGUCGGGCUUUCGUUCCAUAUUCUGCGGUUGCCUAUUACCAAUCUUGGAUAGCUGCACGAAGGAUCAAUUUAGUCCGCGUAUGUAUCAAGUCGAGAACUUUUUAUUGCAUUUCUUUGAUAUAACGGAUAGUCUGCUUGGCAAUGAAAAUUCUCAGCAAUCCAGAUUGCUGUACACCGUAACAAUAAUGAGAUUUAUUAAGGCAUUUAGGAAAUCCGCCAUUAUUUAUUCAGAGACAGCGCCCUCAUAUUGGAAAGUUGUUGUAGAAUUGAAGGGACCUUGGCUACGAGAGUCAAAAUAUUUGGCUCGUGAGCAUACGCAAGCGUGUAACAACCUUUUAGUUAUACUAACGGAAUUGCUGAUAGCUGACAUUACCAGGCAAGAGUUAAAACGUAUUUGGAAAUGUCGGAACAAAAUUUAUAUUUUCGGUAAUGACAACAGUUGCAGUGAUUGUGCUCGCCGUUCUUAUUUUACCCUCAUUAUACAUGGCCCUGAGAAAAUUUCCGCUUUACUCCGUUCUUGCCUUGAGAACGAUUUGGAAAAUUUUAAAUGGCCUCUACAAUGGCCGCGAGAUCAGUUCACCUUCUACUUAAAUAUUUAA